UCUCCUAUAGCAAGAAGCAUCGGGAUCUUCUCUACUUCGUGGCCGCACAUCUUCAUACCCUCCCAGCAGCUCACUACCCACCCACAAGAGCGUUCAUCUUAGACAGCCAGCGUCAGUUCAUAUCAAAAUGGCGAGCUUGCAAUACACUACCCUUGAUGUCUUCACCACGAAGAAGUUCGCUGGUAAUCCAUUGGCGGUCUGCAAGAUACCAUCCGGUGUGACUCUCACUCAGGAGCAAAAGCAGACCAUCGCCGUCGAGUUUAACUACUCGGAAACGACUUUUGUUCACCCUUGCUCGAACGAAGGCAGUGAGGUUCCGGAAUGGCAGGUCGAUAUCUUCACUGUCAAGACCGAGCUGCCUUUUGCAGGCCAUCCCACCAUUGGAACUUGCUGCCAAAUGCUCGGACAGGCUGGCAAGACUAAGGGCAAGUUCAACGUCAAGGCCGGCGUCAUCGAACUCGACUACGUGGAUGGUGUAGCGAAGGCUUCCAUCCCUCACAACACUCAUGUUCACUCUUCGACCGACUUGUCUUCUUCCCGCAUGCUGGAAUGGCAGUCUGGACUCAAGUCCUUCUACCAGUCUGGCGACUUAAAGCUCGAUGUCGUAAGCCCCGUUAAAGGCAUGAACUUUGCCGUCGUCGAGCUCAAGAGCCUGGAGGAGUUGGCGGCUGUCACCCUGCCUGGCACAGAACUCGACUUCUCUCUUGACCAGGACUGGAACGUCGGACCGUGCUUCAGCAAGUUUUACGUCCAUAUGCCAGACCAGGGCGAUGGCGUUAAGAGAUUGAGAACCAGAAUGAUUGAGGGCAGCUUCGAGGACCCAGCGACCGGAUCUGCAUGCUGCGGUCUUGCAGCAUAUUUGGUGCUGAAGGAGGGCGUCAAGGACGGAAAGGUCAAGUAUGAGAUCCUGCAGGCUGUUGAGAUGGGAAGACCCAGUGACAUUGGUGUGGAGGUCGAGGUAAAGGGUGGUCAGAUCCAGACUGUCGUGCUAUCUGGAAGAUCAGUCAGUGUCAUGGAAGGCAAGAUCUUCUACGAGUAGGUGGAAGUGUUGAAAUGGUCGAGCUUCAUACGAGUUGGGUCGACCAAUACAUGCUAGUCAACAAACGAUCAACGACCGUCACACCUCCUUUAGACUAGCCUCGUCUCGAUGCUCGAUAUCAAGCCACGACCAAUCAAAAGUUGACGCAACGACAAGUGAGAUAGCAGAAAGCGAACGCAGCCCCAGACGCACAUCGUUCGUUGUGUGUCGACUAGGGCCCACGCAGCAAUUUCCAUCUAUAUUUGAACCCAACACAGGAACAACUACCAACAAAACUGCCAAUACAACGCGGCGACCAGAUCCUUAAGUGUUCCACCCCUAAAGACACGAUCACUGCGCGAUUCGUUCUUACCAUCUGAUUACACAAUUAUCUCAGGAGCAAGAUAUAUCCUCCACGUCGCCAUGGCACCCAAUGGUCAGGCCGCCUCUCGACCCGGAGCC